GCCAUCUUGCUACAAACACAAACACAGAGGAGCGGCCGCCGCGGGAGCGCCAGCGCCCCCUCCCCCGCUGCAGCCGCCGUCCCCGGCCCCCGCCCGCCGCGCGCCGCCCACGCCCCGGGACCGGACCCUCGCGCCGCCCGCGACUGUGGCGUCCUGGAGUUGAUGGGAGCUGCAGCACCAAGCCGGGCCAGCCUCCCUCCCAGCCAGUGACAACACCGCAGCACCUGGACCCCGCCCACCCGCUUGAGUCCUCUGCCCGGGCCCCCAGGGAUGCGCCUCCUCCUGAGAGUCCCCUCCGUCUUCCCUUAGAGGAACAGGCUGCCGCCGCGCCCCCAUCAGCCUCCAUUGCCCAGACCUUAUUUCCACCUGAUGGUGCCAGAGGCUGCUUCCCAGCUGGUAUCCUGAGAUCCUCGUUCCCUUGGUGGCUUGGUUGUUUAAGCCUCCAUUAUUGAUUGGGGGCGGUGGUCUGGGUGUGAUUCCUGUGGGGGAAACCAGCCCGAGGCGCCUUGGCUCAGGCUUGCCUGCCUGGAGUCCUUGUCGUGUACCCGUCUGUGGCCCUAGAGUCACCUCCUGCUCCUUUUCACUGGGUUUCUCCCCAGACCAAGCCCCUGGAUUUGAGCUUCUGAGCAGCCAACUGAUUUUUUUCAUGAGGGAAAGAAUUUUGCUCCUAGAUUUAUUUCUAAUCCUUCUCUCCGUAACUGACCUUUUCUCUGUAAGCUAUUUGUGGCUCUAGUGGGUUUUUGCUUGCUUGCUUGUUUUUGUUUUAUCUUUGCCCUGAACGUCCAUCCUGGCCUCGGCUGCCUCCCUCCCCGAGUUCUGCACUACACCUCCUGUCUUAGCCUCCCAGAGAGGGUGGCGAGGGUGCUGAUGCCCAGAGACACCAUCCGGCGAAUGGACCUCUCCUGUCAUGCGGGGCAGGGCAGGGCUGCCGGCAGAGCCAUGUCCUGAACCCUCCCUCCUCUCCGCUGCUCUCCUUAAGGGUCUUUCCCAGAUGUGAAGGUCCCUCCCAGGCUCUACUGAGGCCAGACCAAUUCCCAGUGGCUUGGGUACCCUCGUUCACUCCAGCACCAGCCCCUGCCCUCCUGCUUCCCGGGCCAGGCUGCCAGGUCUUUCACCGUCUGGACUCAUCUCUGGGUAACUCAUGGUGUGAGUGGCCACGUGGCUGGCUCAGGUGUUUGGACAGUGAACGCCAGGUCCCCUCCUCCCCACCCCCGGCCUCUCAGAAACACGCCCAGCCCCACGAUGGCAGCAGAGACACUCAACUUUGGGCCUGAGUGGCUCAGGGCCCUGUCCGGGGGCGGCAGCGUGGCCUCCCCACCCCCGUCCCCUGCCAUGCCCAAAUACAAGCUGGCUGACUACCGUUAUGGGCGAGAGGAAAUGCUGGCUCUCUACGUCAAGGAGAACAAGGUCCCGGAAGAGCUGCAGGACAAGGAGUUCGCCGCGGUGCUGCAGGACGAGCCACUGCAGCCCCUGGCUCUGGAGCCGCUGACUGAGGAGGAACAGAGAAACUUCUCCCUGUCAGUGAACAGCGUGGCUGUGCUGAGGCUGAUGGGGAAAGGGGCUGGCCCCCCGCUGGCUGGCACCUCCCGAGGCAGGGGCAGCACGCGGAGCCGAGGCCGCGGCCGUGGUGACAGCUGCUUUUACCAAAGAAGCAUCGAAGAAGGCGAUGGGGCCUUUGGACGAAGCCCCCGGGAAAUCCAGCGCAGCCAGAGCUGGGAUGACAGAGGCGAGAGGCGGUUUGAGAAGUCAGCAAGGCGGGAUGGAGCACGAUGUGGCUUUGAGGAGGGAGGGGCUGGCCCAAGGAAGGAGCACGCCCGCUCAGACAGCGAGAACUGGCGCUCCCUACGGGAGGAACAGGAGGAGGAGGAGGAGGGCAGCUGGAGGCUCGGGGCAGGGCCCCGGCGAGACGGCGACCGCUGGCGCUCCGCCAGCCCUGAUGGUGGUCCCCGCUCUGCUGGCUGGCGGGAACAUGGGGAACGGCGGCGCAAGUUUGAAUUUGAUUUGCGAGGGGAUCGAGGAGGGUGUGGUGAAGAGGAGGGGCGGGGAGGGGGAGGCAGCUCUCACCUGCGGCGGUGCCGAGCGCCUGACGGCUUUGAGGAGGACAAGGAUGGGCUCCCAGAGUGGUGCCUGGACGAUGAGGAUGAAGAAAUGGGCACCUUUGAUGCCUCUGGGGCCUUCUUGCCUCUCAAGAAGGGCCCCAAGGAGCCCAUUCCUGAGGAGCAGGAGCUGGACUUCCAAGGGUUGGAGGAGGAGGAGGAACCUUCCGAAGGGCUAGAGGAGGAAGGGCCUGAGGCGGGUGGGAAGGAGCUGACCCCCCUGCCUCCUCAGGAGGAGAAGUCCAGCUCCCCAUCCCCACUGCCCACCCUGGGCCCACUCUGGGGGACAAACGGGGAUGGGGACGAAGCUGCAGAGAAAGAACCCCCAGCGGCCGAAGAUGAUAUUCGGGGGAUCCAGCUGAGUCCUGGGGUGGGCUCCUCUGCUGGCCCACCCGGAGAUCUGGAGGAUGAUGAAGGCUUGAAGCACCUGCAGCAGGAGGCGGAGAAGCUGGUGGCCUCCCUGCAGGACAGCUCCUUGGAGGAGGAGCAGUUCACGGCUGCCAUGCAGACCCAGGGCCUGCGCCACUCUGCAGCCGCCACUGCCCUCCCGCUCAGCCAUGGGGCUGCCCGGAAGUGGUUUUACAAGGACCCACAGGGCGAGAUCCAAGGCCCCUUCACGACACAGGAGAUGGCAGAGUGGUUCCAGGCCGGCUACUUUUCCAUGUCACUGCUGGUGAAGCGGGGCUGCGAUGAGGGCUUCCAGCCGCUGGGCGAGGUGAUCAAGAUGUGGGGCCGCGUGCCCUUUGCCCCAGGGCCCUCACCUCCCCCACUGCUGGGAAACAUGGACCAGGAGCGGCUGAAGAAGCAACAGGAGCUGGCCGCGGCGGCCUUGUACCAGCAGCUGCAGCACCAGCAGUUUCUCCAGCUGGUUAGCAGCCGCCAGCUCCCGCAAUGCGCGCUCCGAGAAAAGGCAGCUCUGGGGGACCUGACACCGCCACCGCCGCCGCCGCCACAGCAGCAGCAGCAGCAGCUCACGGCAUUCCUGCAGCAGCUCCAGGCGCUCAAACCCCCCAGAGGCGGGGACCAGAACCUGCUCCCGACGAUGAGCCGGUCCUUGUCGGUGCCGGAUUCGGGCCGCCUCUGGGACGUACAUACCUCAGCCUCAUCACAGUCAGGUGGUGAGGCCAGUCUUUGGGACAUACCAAUUAACUCUUCGACUCAGGGUCCAAUUCUAGAACAACUCCAGCUGCAACAUAAAUUCCAGGAGCGCAGAGAAGUGGAGCUCAGGGCGAAGCGGGAGGAAGAGGAACGCAAGCGUCGAGAGGAGAAGCGCCGCCAGCAGCAGCAGGAGGAGCAGAAGCGGCGGCAGGAGGAGGAAGAGCUGUUUCGGCGCAAGCACGUGCGGCAGCAGGAGCUGUUGCUGAAGUUGCUACAGCAGCAGCAGGCGGUCCCCGUGCCCCCCGCACCCAGCUCCCCGCCCCCACUCUGGGCUGGCCUGGCCAAGCAGGGGCUGUCCAUGAAGACGCUCCUGGAGUUGCAGCUGGAGGGCGAGCGGCAGCUGCACAAACAGCCCCCACCUCGGGAGCCAGCUCGGGCCCAGGCCCCCAACCACCGAGUGCAGCUUGGGGGCCUGGGCACUGCCCCCCUGAACCAGUGGGUGUCUGAGGCUGGGCCACUGUGGGGCGGGCCAGACAAGAGUGGGGGCGGCAGCAGCGGCCUGGGGCUCUGGGAGGACACCCCCAAGAGCGGCGGGAGCCUGGUCCGUGGCCUCGGCCUGAAGAACAGCCGGAGCAGCCCAUCUCUCAGUGACUCAUACAGCCACCUAUCGGGUCGGCCCAUUCGCAAAAAGACGGAGGAAGAAGAGAAGCUGCUGAAGCUGCUGCAGGGCAUUCCCAGGCCCCAGGACGGCUUCACCCAGUGGUGCGAGCAGAUGCUGCACACGCUGAGCGCCACGGGCAGCCUGGACGUGCCCAUGGCUGUAGCGAUCCUCAAGGAGGUGGAAUCCCCCUAUGAUGUCCACGAUUAUAUCCGUUCCUGCCUGGGGGACACGCUGGAAGCCAAAGAAUUUGCCAAACAAUUCCUGGAGCGGAGGGCCAAGCAGAAAGCCAGCCAGCAGCGGCAGCAGCAGCAGGAGGCAUGGCUGAGCAGCGCCUCGCUGCAGACGGCCUUCCAGGCCAACCACAGCACCAAACUCGGCCCCGGGGAAGGCAGCAAGGCCAAGAGGCGGGCACUGAUGCUGCACUCAGACCCCAGCAUCCUGGGUGAGCUGGGCUGGGGCAGGAGCGGGACUUCCUUGGCACAGGGCAGGAGGAGCCCAGGAGAGAGCUCAGACGCAGCUUCUCCCCGGCUUCAGGGUACUCCCUGCACGGAUCUUCUGGUGAGAUCGAGAGCGUGGAUGACUACUGACCAGCCCGGACCCCCAGCCCCUGGGCUGUAGGCCAGGGCAGCCACAGCGGCGUGGACCGAGGGUCCCAGCCUGCAGGCUCCCCGCAGAGAGCAGAGGAAGAGGCAGGGGCGGGGUCCCCAGCACUUGUUACAAACACACGAUGCACCUUAACUCACCCACCACGAGGCACUUUACAGACUGGGGGAGGGGGUUUUUCUUUUUAUUUUUUUUAAUUUUAAACGACUUUGAAGAAAACAUUAGGAGAGGCAAAAAUAUUGUUAAAAAUUAGACUCUAAACAUCCCUUCCUGCUGUGAGGAUAGUGGGUGUGACAAUGGAAGGUCCACAGAGGUUUUUGUUUUUUGGCUUUUUUUUUUUUUUUAAGAAAAAAAGAUGAAAAAUGAAAAAAAAUGGUUAGGAGGCUGAAAGAAAAAACACACUGUUAUUUUGGGGCAGUGGGGACACAGGCCCCGUGGACCUGUCCUGCCUGGCCCCCAAGGCCAUACUUACCCCCGGAAGGCGGGCCAUGGGGUAACUGGAAGCUGGGGGCCAGCAGUUUGCACAGGAGGCCUGUCUGAGCCCCACCCGCCAGACCCGUUGUGAGCAGCUCCUGUCACUGGGGCUGGCUGAGGUGUCCGGGGUGGGGCCAAAGUAGCCCCUUGGCUUCGCUGCUUUGGGGGACAGUUGCACAAAUUGGACGAGCGGCCCCAGCUCUCUGGCUGCCAUCUUGUGCUGGCCGAGGAGUAGACGGGAGGGGCCAGGCCGUGCCAACCUCUCUGGCUGGCAGGGUGGGGCAGCAGGACUCUGGCCCUGGUGAGGGGCGUCUCCCACCGCUGCCAUUUUGGGGGACACCCUGGCUUUGAACCUGAAAGCCCCAGCUCUCUGCCUUGCCACGUGAAUGUAUUCUUUGGGCCACAAGCCCCCGCCUCACCCCUACCUGGCUCCUGCCUCACCCCUGUGAGCGGCGGGGGUGGAUGAUUGCUCCGGAGGCUGCAGAGAGAAGGCUGAGCUGUUUCUCCAGUGAAGGGGGCAGGAGGAGGGGCCUCAAAGGCAAGGAGUGGGUGGCUUUGGGCUUAGGGUUGCAGUAGAGGGGCUGCCUCCCGGGGCCCCAACCUGUAGCCAGCUCGUGAGAUGUGGACCACCCAGCUCUGCACCUGACCCCUCCGUUGACCAAAUGGGAGAGGAGCGGGUGGCCUCCCGGGUCUGAUAUGAUGCGCUUUUUACCGUUGGGUAAGGUUGGGGUGAAGAGAAGUGUGCGGCUCCUGGGUCAGAGAAGGCUGCCCCUUCUAUUGCUCACUCACUUCUUAUUCCCGGUCCCCUACUUGGGUUCGUCUCUGCCCAUUUUGGGUUUUGUAACAGUUUUGUCUUUUGGGUUUCUCAUCCAGCUCCUCCCAUUGACCUCAUUGUUCAGAGUGCAGUAUUAGGGCAAGGCUUCGCCACUGCCUCCCUCCAUGAAUGUAUUUCUCCCUCCUGCCCUGGGGACAUGGGGAGUGGCCCGUUUCUUUCCCCCAUCUAGUCCCAGAAAGAUGGUGUUUGGGUUUCUGUUGUUGGAUUUUUUUUUUUUUCUUUUUUUUUUGCACCAAAGUGGCAACUAGGUCAGUGUUGGGGGAUCAAGCUGGCCUCGGGGUGGGGGGCCCCCACCUGCCUCUCCCUGGUUCCCACAGUGUUAGCGUCCCUGAAAAGACAAUAUUCUCUCUAAAGCAAUAAGGGGUGACGGGCCGGGGGGAGUGUUUGCUGCUGCUGGCCCCCAGCUCCCCUUCCCUCUUGCCAGGUGUGGGGGAGACUCCUGUUGUGACUGAAUGUAACCCCCCCACCCCUGCCGCAGCCAAUGCAGGGGAAGGGGGACACUCUUCCUGUCUCUUCCUGCCCCUUCUCCCCAGCUAAAGAGACUUUGGACUUAGGGGGCCCAUGAGCCUGGAGAGGCCUUAACCCUGUGAGGAAGUAUAGGGGGAGCCCUCUCCCACCCCCAUCCCCUUCUGAGAGUGGUCAAUGUUUACAAGCCCCUGAGCCCCCCUGCCCAGGGACUCAGACCCUGUUGCUGUCCUUCCCCGGCCCCGGUCUUCCUGGGCCCUCGCUGCUCCCCUGCCCUUCCUGGGGUUGGGGUGGGUGCAGGGGUCACCGUGUUCCCUGUCUGCCUUGUACCCACAGUCUCCCCGCCCCCUCUCCACCCUGUGUGACUUCCCUCUCUUUUACCUGCUCCUGUAAAUACUCCCUUCUCCCAAUAAAACUUGGUGUGUGUUCUCCUG